UAACCUAAUCCUGGCCCCUGGGGGUCUGAAGGGCCCCGGGCGAGACUUCUCUUUCAGCCCUCCUCUUUAUUUUUGCGGAGGAGACGCGGGCUGGCUUGGUUUUUUUUUCUCUCCUUCUGCUUCACACACACACACAUACACACACACACACACACACACAUAGAGACCGGAGGACAGAGAGAGGCAGACUGACGAGGACGUGAAGUGAAGAGCAGCCGGUAUCCUCAGAUUUACACGCCGGGAGGGAGCACACAGACGCCGGUCUCCAUGUCUUCUGUGUCGGUGUCUUCUCAGGAGGGGCGGAGCAUGUCCAGGAUGUCUCUGAGUCGCUCGCCAGUGUCGCCUAUGACCGCCCAGGGCAUCCCGUCACCCGCCCAGCUCACCAAGGCCAACGCCCCGGUCCACAUCGACGUAGGGGGGCACAUGUACACCAGCAGCCUGGCAACGCUCACCAAAUACCCCGAGUCCAGGAUCAGUCGUCUGUUUAACGGCACCGAGCCCAUCGUGUUGGACAGUUUGAAGCAGCACUACUUCAUCGACAGAGACGGAGAUAUCUUCCGCUACAUCCUCAGCUUCCUGCGGACCUGCAAACUGCUUCUGCCAGAAGACUUCAAGGACUUCCCUCAGCUGUACGAGGAGGCUCGUUUCUACCAGCUGACCCCGAUGGUUCGGGAGUUGGAGCGCUGGCAGGCGGAGCGCGAGGCCCAGCGGGCGCCGCUCUGCGAGUGUCUGGUGGUCCGCGUCACGCCCGACCUGGGCGAGAGGAUCGCGCUGAGCGGGGAGAAGGUGCUGAUCGAGGAGAUCUUCCCGGAGACCGGUGACGUCAUGUGCAACUCGGUGAACGCCGGCUGGAACCAGGACCCCACGCACGUCAUCCGCUUCCCCCUCAACGGAUACUGCAGACUCAACUCCGUGCAGGUCCUCGAGCGUCUGUUUCAGAAAGGUUUCAGCAUCAAGGCGUCCUGCGGCGGAGGAGUCGACUCGUCCCAGUUCAGCGAGUACGUCUUGUGUCGCGACCUGAGACACAGCCAGUCCAUCAACAGCACUCCCAUCCGGAUCAAACAGGAACCUCUGGACUAAUGACAAACUCAUAUACAGUCAUUUUAUUCACAUCCGGAUCCUUCAAAAUGUCUUCUGGAGCUGCUCUUAGCGGCGGCGCUGAGCUGAGAAACCUCAAGAUUUAAAAAUAUCACAAGAGUUUUAACAGACAUUUGACUCUGCUGCAGAUCACAGAGCUUUGGUUUGAGCCUGACGACCAGGUGAAAGAAACAAUACGUACAUAAAACAGCUGUCACAUGUAGAUAUUUAUGUAAUAAGAAUCUCUCUUUGAUAUUAAAGGACGGGUUCACAA